UCUGAAAAUUUCGAUUAAAAUGUGUUGCCAAACUGAAGUCACACGUUGACUACGUGUUUGUCAAUACAAUGCUUACUCAUAUAUAGCUAAAGAACGUUCCUCCACUCACUACCUUCUCUGUUCGAUGCCGUUUAUUAGUCGCCACAGUGACGGUGCUAUGUGGCGGCUAGCCGUGCUAGCAUGGAGCUAACCCCGUUCCCACACCACCUCAGUGCUGGACGAGGGUAAAGGCAGAGAGGCAGUGACAGGCUGCGGUGAGUGUCGGUAGGUGGCGAUAACACACAGACGAAACCUACCCAGCAGCCAACCAGCGAGCUUGUUUACCUGCUUCUCAGGUAGGACUUGAGCAGGGGGCAGGGCCUCCCGGCAGCUAGGAGGGAUGCCUGUUGAGGGCGGAAGCAGCAGCGGCUCUGCUUCAGCAGCCCGCCACCCCAAGCAGAAACGCAAGGCUCACAGUUUGUCUAUCCGGCGCACCAACAGCACAGAGGACAGGCCCCUGGGCAUCCACAGAGGAGACAUGCUGGAGGGUCAGGAAUCCAAGCUGCCACUCUCUUUACGGAGCAAUCUUCUCGACCUUUUCGGACAAAUAGAGCGCGAGUUUGAAAAUCUGUACAUUGAAAACCUUGAAUUACGCCGGGAAAUCGACUCCUUGAAUGAGCGUCUGACCGGAGAUGGACAGACUGUUGAGGGAGGAGAUCCCACCAAGGGAGCCUUGAAAACAAAAGCCAGCCACAGCACCAGUCAACUGUCACAGAAGUUGAAGACGACCUACAAAGCAUCUACCAGCAAGAGCUUGUACACUUUCCACGGCAAAAUAGGUGGACCUCGCAACUUCAGUGUGGCCUCAUGGGAGUUGUGGGGCGGAGAUUCAUGGAUUGUUUCCAGUUUCAAAGCCACCGCAGGCUCCCGGGCCUUGUGCCAGCUGCUCAAGGAAUAUGUGGGUCACCGGGAUGGGAUCUGGGACCUCAGUAUCACCCGCACUCAGCCGGUGGUCCUGGGCACUGCCUCUGCAGACCACUCAGCUCUGCUGUGGAGCAUAGAGACUGGGAAGUGUCUGCUGAGGUAUGCAGGUCAUGCUGGAUCAGUUAACUCCAUCAAGUUCCACCCCACAGAGCAGAUGGCCCUCACAGCCUCUGGAGACCAGACAGCUCACAUCUGGCGCUACAUGGUGCAGCUUCCUGUCCCCCAACCACCACCAGAUGUCAGUGCCCUAUGUGAUGAUGACCAGGACUCAUCAGACAGAGAGGAAGGAGAGGUGGAUGGAGAGGGACCCUGUGAGGUUCCCACUGUCCGGGUGGCCACGGCAACACUGAAGAGCCACCAGGGUGUAGUGAUUGCAGCUGAUUGGUUGGUUGGAGGCCGACAAGUGGUGACCGCUUCCUGGGAUCGUGCUGCCAACCUGUAUGAGGUGGAGACAUCUGAACUGGUUCAUACACUGACUGGCCAUGACCAGGAGCUGACCCACUGCUGCACCCACCCUACUCAGCGGCUGGUGGUCACUUCAUCCAGAGACACCACCUUCAGACUGUGGGACUUCAGAGACCCGUCCAUCCACUCUGUCAACGUCUUCCAGGGACACACUGACACGGUGACGUCGGCUGUGUUCACGGUGGGCGACAAUGUGGUUUCGGGGAGCGAUGACCGCACUGUCAAGGUGUGGGAUUUGAAGAACAUGAGGUCGCCUAUAGCAACCAUCCGCACUGACUCGGCUGUGAACAGGAUCAGCGUCUCUGCCAACCAGAGGAUCAUCGCUCUGCCACACGACAAUCGACAAGUCCGGCUGUUUGACAUGAGUGGACAGAGGCUGGCCAGACUUCCACGCAGCAACAGAAUGGGUCACAGGCGUAUGGUGUGCUGCACAGCGUGGAACGAAGAGAACCAGUCGUGCAAUCUGUUCACCUGCGGCUUUGACCGACAGGCCAUCGGCUGGAACAUCAACAUCCCCGCACUGCUGCAGGAGAAGUGAAGCCACUGACACACAUAUACACGCACACACACACAGAUCAGCAUCUAUUAUAUAUACACAAUAUGGAACAAACACACACUGUAAUCUGUGGACCUCGUACACGCUCAUACGAUUAAAGUGUUUACCCUGUGAAACAUGUUUUCUGUGAUGAGCUUCACAGCUUCUCAGCAGCUGGGCAAGAAGGUGUGAAAUAUAUUGUUCAUCACAGUCAGUGUAGUUGUUGUAUUUUUUGUUGUUUUAUGUGAGACAGCAUUGACUGAUAAGAGGGUUAGUAUUCAUAUUAUUAAUAUUCUGUCAUUGUGCACAUGUGCAGACUGUCUCCCGACAUCAAGUCCACCAUUUGAAAAUCCAGUGUGUACUAUGCCACAGAGCUGCUCCUCUGUAUUUGAGCCCCUCACUUACUGAGCAUGGAUUGUGAAUAGUGCCAGGCUGAUCCAUUCAUCUCUGGCCCUCUCUGUUGAAAAGACUAUAAAUCUGACUCCACAGUCACACGCUGCUCCUCACAUCACUGCUGUUUGGUUACUGCUGAAUGGAAGCUCUUGCAUGUAGAUAAACUAUGAUUAAGAGGCCAGGACAUUUUGUAGAAUAUGAUUUAAAGACAUUAUGUAUAUGCUGUAUGAAGGUGUGGCUAGGAUGUUGCUCAUUAAAGGGAUGGCUCAGGGUUUUUUUUUGAUGUGUGGAUGCAUGAGGUAUUGAGGUAUGGUCAACACUGACCUCACGCAGCAUAAAGGCAGCAACAGAAGGAAAAACUAUUGUUAAGACUUGUCUCAUAAAAUCUAUUCCUGCUUAUGUUCGCCACUUAAUCCCAGUGUUUUUCAUUUUAGAUCAGGCCAAAGUCCAUAGAGAAAAUCCCUUAUGUAAAUCCAACCAAAGGAUUUCAAACAAUAAAGUCACAAUAUGACACUGUGGCAAGUGACAAGUUGCUGAAGGCAGCACCAGUGGAUUAACCAAUCCUGUUCGCCAUGACAAAAAAUGGCAGAUUUUCACUGUGGACUUAAGCGCAGGCAGUGAGCGCUUUACAAAUGUGCAUUUCCAGUCUUCGGGUGCCUUAAAUGCAGGGGAAAAGUGACAAAGUGGCAUUGUUGAGAUGACUUAAGCAGGUUUAUGUUUUAUUAGGCAAGCCUUUUUCUGUCCCUGCUGGCAGCCAUUUUAUGAGUGAGAGCAAGUGUCCAGCUCCCAGGCCGGUUCACGGAAACAGGCGCACUAAUUAAAAAAUCUGAGCUAUGCCUUUAAUGGAUUUCGGUCUGGGUAAAUAAACAGAAAAUCCACCUUUUUAAAGGUGAAACUUGGAGGCGACAACAUAGAGUCUGUGAAAUGCUUUUAUUAUUUUUGUCAAGCUAGGAAUAUUUGUUAUUAUGGAGCCAAACAUAUCAUAUUCAGACCUGUGACUUCUGUCUUAAAUGGUUUAAACGGGGUCCUGCUCUCCUGUCUGAUUUCACUUAUUAAUAUUCUUUGCCUUUUUACUUUUAAACGCUUUCAUUUCACAGCCAGCCUACGUCUAUAUUGAAGAUACCGUGACUCUGCCUUGUUCUGUAGGUUUUUAUUUUAUUUUUAUUUUUUUUAUUGCUUUAUUCUGCCUUUCUGUCAGGAUGAAUUGUGUCAAGCAGAGCAUAGCAAUAAUUGGAAAACAACUGCACUUCUAUUACUCUGUGAAUGAAAAUGUGUUCAACAUAAUCAUAAUAAUAAUGCCAUAUGAAAUAUUCACCUGAGGCUGCAGCAGGUGUCUUGUUAUCACACAUCCAUCCUUUUCAGCCUGUUGCCAACUCUGUAUCGCUGUGUUUUGUGAUCUGGAGUGACUCAUUUCUGUGCUUCUAUGUCAUAUUAUCAAAAAUAACUGAACCCAUAUUUUGCUGUAGAUGAAGCUUUCUGGUCUGUGACAACUUAAAACAGAAGCAAUAACCCUGCUCCUUGGUGUUUUCAGUCCUCAGAGUGUGAACCCCAUGUUGUUGUUUUUUCACUAAAUAUGACGUUCACACUGAAUCUCUGUUUGAAAGACGACUGUAAAGUCAUUACUUGUUACACAUGUGCAAUAUCCUAAACAAUGAAGUCAUGCUGUUGUUUCUCACCUUCAGAUGUUUAAGGCGUCUCUGUGCUGUAAAUCCAAUGAUACUUGUUGUACCCGUGUAGCUGUAGCUCAAUAUACAUACUGUAGAUCUACAUUGGCUUCAGAUGACACUUCACUACCGUUUCUACCAACAAUAGGACCAGGAUCCUACUUCAAAGUAGCAUGAACUUAAAAAAAAAUAAUUCCCCUUAUCCACCUGAGCAUCGAUGCGCUUUUCCAAAUGCUUGUCAAACAGCUAAUCGUGUUCCACUGCAUAGGAUUUUUGCUGUUUUCUCAUGCAGGCAGCUCUGGCUCACACCCUUUGGUGUCUGUGUCAGUUUAAUCUCCAGGUAGAAAGAACAAGGGACGUGUCAUUUGUGCCCCACAUAUGAAUCCUAACUGAAAUCCGCAGUUGGGUCCAUGCAUUAAAUUACUAUGUGCUACAUUUGAGGAGGUAAAAAUGGUGACAGGCCUCACGUCAUUGUAGUGAAUCAUCUUCGCCUCAAACUUCAUUACGUGAACUACUUUGCAUACUUUGUUGUGACGGGUACGUGCUCUCUGACACUUUCCAAUAAAAAAUGUGUGAUUUCCUUUU